AUGGGCGGCUUCUAUAUGCAGUACCUUGAGACAAUUUCGUCCAUGGCGUCGGCAAUUGCGCAUGGAGAAGUUAUGCGAUGGACAAAAAAAAGAUUGUGCCUCUGCCGUCGUCGAGGAUGGACAGACCCCAUGUACGAGUGUUACCGGGACCACAACGGCUACACUUGCCUGGUCCUUGUCAAUGGCCGUGAAUAUCAGACAGAUCUCGCAUACGAAUCCGACGUUUUGGCCCAAGAGAAUGCUGCUAUGCGUGCUUUCAUGGUAUGCCGCAACUUCUCCGUCAACGGAGGUAUGCUGGCUCGCAAUGGCAUUGUUCAAGGCCUUCCAGCUCAGGAAACAGCACGCCGCCGCAAGAGCCGCCACACGUCUUCUCGAGACAGCGACCGCCACAGCAGGCGAUCGGGACACCACUCCAGUAGUAGCUCGACUGCCUCAUUCGACUGA